AGCCCUGAUUCACGAAUGGUAUAUGAAUUAGACAAGACAUUAUGGUUAUCCCAGCUGAGUUAGAAGGACCAUCAUGUUUGAUGUCUACCAUUUAGAGUUUAUGUGCUGCUUCUGUGUUUGUCUUAAAUCUAAUAUAUACACACACACACACACACACACACACACACACACACACACACACACACUCACUAUGGCAUCACCACACUUGGAGGAUGUUCAGUCGGCUUUUUUACUUCGUAAUAAAUAAACAAAUCACAGAUGUGACGCAAAAGUUUUUGUUUAAUAGGGUUACCGUUCCGGCUGCAUGAAGCGUACCUCAGACAAGUGAAAUUAAAUUCUUUUAAUUAUUGGUUUAGGAGUUUUUCAAGAUCAAGUAGAGGAAAAAAUUAUAGAAUCACUCAAUGUUGAGGAAAAAAGUAACAAUUAGUACUUUGUUGCUCUUCCUUGGGCUUUUAUGACGGCCUGAAUUUUUUGAGGCGUGGACUUCACUAAUGAAAAAACAACAUUCUCCAUCAAGCUGGUUCCAGUGUUCUUGGAUAGCGGUUAACAGAUCAGCGUUGCAGGAUCGAGCCUCAUCAUGGGCCAAUUUUUUACAUUUCCACCAUAAAUUUUCAGUUGGAUUGAGAUCCAGACUGUUUGCUGGCCAGGUCAUUGAGUAAAUAUGCCUUUCCUGAAGAAAAGCUUUAACACCGCCAUGGAGGUCAGCAGUGGAAAAGAGUUUUACGAAGCUUGUGACAACACCGUCACGCCGCUAGUGGUUUUUGGGAGCGACGGAGCGCUCUUGAAGCAGAUCCACUACACGUUGUAUGGAGAAGUUUACUCCGAUUCGAACCCUGAUCUCCAGCUCGUACUCUGGUUCCAUGGCGGCCUCUAUGAACCACCGACCAAGCUCAUUUAUUUUGGGGAGCGGGAUUACGACAUCAUUACCGGCCGCUGGACCUCCUCAGAUAUCACGUUAUGGGAAACGAUUGGGAAAAAUCCAGCACCGUUUAACCUCUACACGUUCUGUAACAAUUAUCCCAUCAGCAAAAUUCAGGAUGUAAAAACUUUGUAAAAACGGGAACUUCGGCUCGUGACGGGGCGUAAGCAGCUCGAGAACGGCGUCAACGUGAGUGUUUCUAGUCGACGGCCGCGAUGGGCGGACGCACGCGGCGUUUCGCCGACUUGGAGCUGCAGUGUGGUAUGUUAACCCUUCACGUGCGCUAUGGAGCCUCUGGAUAGGAGAGGGCGCGAGUGCUGGAGUUAGCACGACAGAGGGCGCUGGCGAGCGCGGGAGGCGCAGUGCAGAUAUUACAUUCUCUCGGUGGAACAAUAUCCGGAAUUAUCCGAUAGCGUGAACAACAUUCAGUUCCUCAGACAGAACGAGAUCGGAAAAAGACUCCGCUGACUGGGAACCACCGACAUCUUUUGCCACACUCCGUGUUGGAUUUCCUCCUUGAAGUAGUUUUAUCAUCCUUUCCAUUGUUUCAAUUGAGUACUCUCGUGUUGGGGCAAUGUUUCCUUUGAAAAAGUCCAAGGUUAAGCAUCUUCUGCAUAUUUGAGCCCUUUCCAACUGCGACUAUAUGAUGUUCAGAUCCAUCUUUUCAUACUGAGGACGACUGAGGGACUCAUACACGACUAUUACAAAAGUAUGGCUGAUAAACUCCGAGUACUAAAGCAGCAGGUUUGCUGUUCCAUCGACAAGGCCAAGGACAAACUCCAUGGACUAGGAGAUGCGAUAUGGCACCAUCCAGAGCUGGCAUAUGAGGAAAGACAGGCCCAUGAUACUCUGGUCCGCUUUUUCACACAGGAGCAAGGAUGGACCGUGGAGGCACACUAUAAACUAGAAACAGCUUUUCAGGCCACGUGGGGACCUGUAAGUGGAGCAGAUGGUGAGUCUGUUGUUAAUGUGGGAUUCCUGUGUGAGUACGAUGCUCUGCCCGCUAUAGGCCACGCAUGCGGCCACAACCUGAUAGCAGAGUGCGGAGCUGCAGCAGCAGUGGGCCUGAAGGCAGCGCUGGAGAGCAGGGAGACAUGGCCUGUGCCAAUCAAGGUAACUGUGUUGGGGACUCCAGCUGAAGAGGAUGGAGGUGGGAAGGUGGACUUGCUGCAAGAAGGAGUCUUUGAGGAUCUGGAUGUGGUGUUUAUGGCUCAUCCCUCGCAGGAGGAUGCUACCUACAUCCCAGACGUGGCAGAGCAUGACCUUGUAGUGAAGUACCAUGGACGUGCAUCUCAUGCAUCAGCAUAUCCCUGGGAAGGUGUAAACGCUCUAGACGCGGCCGUCUUGGCCUACAGUAACAUGUCUGUACUCCGCCAGCAGCUCAGACCUGACUGGAGGGUCCACGGUAUAAUAAGGCACGGAGGUGCGAAACCCAACAUCAUCCCCGACUACAGUGAGCUGGAAUAUUACUUACGCACCCCUUCACACCGAGACCUGCCCAAAAUCAAAGCCAAAGCUGAGGCCUGUUUUCAAGCUGCUGCUCUGGCCACAGGAUGCAGGGUUGAGCUUCUGUUUGCAAGGAACGAGUUUUAUGAAAUCCUGAGGAACCACACUUUGGAAGGCCUGUAUGAGGAGAAUGGGAAAUCUCUUGGCAUGAAGUUCAUUACUGUUAAGGAUUCUUCUGGCUCUACAGAUUUCGGGAACGUGACUCAUGCAGUUCCAGGGAUUCACCCUUAUUUCUACAUUGGCUCUGAGGCGCUGAAUCACACCACAGAAUAUACAGCUGCCUCUGGUGCAAAUGAAGCUCAGUUUUACACACUCCGUACUGCCAAAGCUCUGGCCAUGACAGCACUGGAUGUGAUUUUCAGCCCGGGCGUGCUAGACAAAGUCAAAAAGGAGUUUAAAGAGGCCAAGCUCAGAGAGGAGAGAGGACUGAGACUGCAACAGGCGAAACACGGGGAAGCAGAGACCAACAAAGAAAUAUGAACCAGCCACAGUCUAGACGGCUUAGUUAGAAGGCCUAAUACCUAUAGCUUUUACAAACAUUAGCACUCUUUAAAUUGACACAUUAUUUCGAGUGUGAUAUUUUUCGAUAGAACGUUCCCAAAAAAUAUAUCACAGUAUACGUUUGUCAGGAUGUGAUCUAGAAAGUGACAGAAACUGAAUGAAUAGCUGCACAGUAUCGCAUAUACUGAAUUCCAACUUGAUCUAAAUUAGUGAUGACAAUAAAUUUAUACAUAUUCAUGCUCUGUUCAUCUGAUCACAGACACGUUGUGAUGAAGGUUUGAUUAUUAGCAACACAGUGUCUUUUAGAUCUAUGUAGUGAAAUUCAAUAAAUAAAAUCCAUCAUCUUAUCAUA